GUAACAAAUAGAACAUAAUCAACAUGAAGUGGAUUUCGAUAGCUUUUAUUGUGGGUCUAUUGGCGCUGGCCAGUGCAAAUCCGCUACCAGACAAUGUCAUCAUAAAUGGCAAUUGCGAUAAAUGUAACGUACGCGCCGAUUAAUCAAAUAUGCCCAAGGGGAGCAGGGGCAAAAUAUGCACCCGCCUGCGUCACAACAUUACACAGACACAUUACUUUUGAAAUGUGGUUUAUACUAAAAUUAAAAAUUUGCUCCACGCAUUUUAACGAAAAAAAAAAUGGAUUCGGCUUGAUUCUAAAGUGUAAUACAAAUAAAGUGAUUGCUAAAUGUA